UGUCCACGGUGUCUUAGGUACCUACCUCCUUUCAUACAUACCUCAUACCUCAUAUUGUUAGUCUAUCAACUCUUAGAAAGAUGGCGUUGGCAUCCCUCGCCGACGGCUGCGUGCCAAGCACCUUUUCUCCUGUCGUCUUCGGUGCAGAGAUCCUAUCUGUUUCGGUGUCCCUCGUAACAAAUUACAGCCUGGAUAUUCCAGACGGCCUUAUGCUAACGGCUCCAUCGCCCAAAGUUAGAGAUGCCAAGUUCUGCAAUGUUACGGUCACUUACACUCACCCCGGGUACGGCGACAAUAUAAACGUGGAAACAUGGCUUCCUAUCGACAACUGGAACGGACGGCUCCAAUCUCUGGGAGGCGGAGGUUGGGUAGCGGGCCGUUUCGAGUUAAGUUACUUAGGCGUGGCCGGUGCUAUGUUUACGGGAUACGCGGCUUCAACUACUGAUGCAGGAUUGGGAUACGCUUCUGACCCAGAUCUAUGGGCCUUGACUAGUCCUGGGAAUGUCAAUUGGUAUUUAUUGGAGGAUUUCACCUCGAGGAGCUUAAACGAUCAAGCAAUUAUCGCCAAAUCUCUUGUAGAAAGCUUCUACGGACGACCCCCUUCAUAUUCCUAUUGGAAUGGAUGCUCCCAAGGAGGACGGCAGGGGCUCAUGCUCGCUCAAAGAUAUCCGAACGCUUACAACGGCAUAUCUGCAGGAGCACCGGGAAUCUACUGGACCAACACCAUGCUGAACAGCUUUUGGCCAGAACAUGUGAUGAGAACAAUGAAAGAAUACCCCAACGGAUGUGAGCUCGAUGCGAUCACUGCCGCAGCCGUUUCGAAGUGUGACGGAUUAGACGGUGUAGUUGACGGCAUCGUUCAGAAUGUAGACGAGUGCAGGGAACAUUUCAAUCCCUUCGAUCUCGUUGAUACUACCAUCGAUUGCGGUAAUACGACAGCGAAAAUAACAACAGCGGCAGCUCAAGUAGCCAAUGCAACUUGGACAGGCAUAACGUCCUCAACUGGAGAGAAUCUGUGGCCCGGGUUGACGAUAAGCGCCGAUUUGACUUGCCACUUACCCAGGUCUGCAGGCCAAGUUUGUCUAGCAACCACGGACUGUACCAAUGGCACCUGCACCGUUGACCACCCAACCCCGUUUGGUUGGCGCUGGCUGUCGCUAUUUGUCGCGAAAGACCCGAACUUCAACUCCUCCAAUAUCACAAAUGAUGAACUCGUAGCCCUCCUUAAAGCAAGCAGAAGCCAGUACAGUUCCAUCGACACAUCAGACCCUGACCUUUCCGAAUUCAAGAAGGCAGGGGGGAAGAUCGUAUCCUACCAUGGCUUGGCCGACAAUAUCAUACCACCGAAGAGCACCGAGAAAUACUACGAAGCAGUUUCUAACACCGUGGAAAAUGUGGAGGAUUUCUUUCGCCUUUUCGAAACCCCCGGCCUCGGGCAUUGCUUCGGAGGUCUCGGCCAACCCGACUCCCUGUUCGGGCAGCUCCAGGCGUGGGUGGAGGAAGGAAUCGCACCCGACAGCUCGCCUAUCUCGUUUAAUAACUCCAACGGGGAGACUCAACACAGGAUCAUCUGCCCAUGGCCACAAAAAGCCCAGUACAAUUCAAGCUGUGGAAAUUCUGCUAAGGCGGAGUGUUGGAGUUGCGUGGAAUCAAGUGCGAAGACCGAAGUCCGACGUGAGGGGCUAUAAGACUGAAGAAUGGGAUCCGGUAUAACUAUUUGGACAUAAUUAGAACUAUAUAUAUUAUAAUAAAAAUAUUCAAUUCGUGUUCAGGGAAUGGUAGUAAUUUCAUGGCGUCUUGUGGUUUAGGGGUAGUAAGGAGAGGUAGGUACCUAGCUGGUAC